AUACUACAUUUGCCAUGUGCGGCCGAGACGCCACCAUUCUCGUUUGUUUGCGGUUGAGUUGAAUGGAGGAGCUCGGGCGUUAUGGUGCGUAAUUUCUGAAAACUUUGGUCUGCAGUUGGAGUAAUAUCGUCAGCUCCGUCCUCAAGAGUCGUUUAAAACUACAGCUGACGGAAUGGGUGUUCCAGGGUUCUCUCCGCGCGGAGGUGGUUUCCGGGGCCGGGGCGGCGGCGGUCGUGGUGGAGGAGACCGCGGUGGCUUCAGGGGCGGCCGUGGCGGCGGUGACCGCGGUGGGUUCCGCGGCGACCGCGGUGGGUUCCGCGGCGGCCGGGGUGGCGGCGACCGGGGAGGGUUCCGGGGCCGCGGCCGCGGAGGUGACCGCGGCCGUGGCGGGCGUGGUGGCCGCGGAGGUCGCGGAGGCAUGCGCGGCGGAAAGGCGGUCAUCAUCGAGCCGCAUCGUCACGAGGGAGUGUUCAUCGCGCGCGGCAAGGAGGAUGCGCUGGUCACCCUGAACAUGGUGCCUGGCGAGAGCGUCUACGGCGAGAAGCGCAUCUCCGUGGACAAUCCGGACACGGCCGGCGAGAAGAUCGAGUAUCGCGUGUGGAACCCGUUCCGCUCCAAGCUGGCGGCGGCCAUCCUUGGCGGUGUGGAAGCGGUGCACAUGCCUCCCGGCAGCAAGGUGCUCUACCUGGGCGCCGCCUCCGGCACCACGGUCUCUCACGUGUCAGACGUGGUCGGACCCGAGGGACUCGUCUACGCUGUGGAGUUCUCUCACCGCUCCGGGCGCGAUCUCAUCAACGUGGCCAAGAAGCGCAACAACAUCGUGCCGAUCAUUGAGGACGCUCGCCACCCGCACAAGUACCGCAUGCUGGUCGGCAUGGUGGACUGCGUGUUUGCUGACGUGGCGCAGCCCGAUCAGGCGCGCAUCGUGGCCAUCAACGCGCACAACUUCCUCAAGAACGGUGGACACUUCGUUAUCUCAAUCAAGGCCAACUGUAUCGACAGCACAGCGGCACCCGAGGCCGUGUUCGCCGGAGAGGUGAAGAAGCUGAUGGCCGAAAAGCUGAAGCCGGCCGAGCAGCUGACGCUGGAGCCGUACGAGCGCGACCACGCCGUCGUGGUCGGCACCUACCGACCGCCGGGCAAAAAGUAGGCCUCCGCUGCCGCUGUUCUGCUGCCGUGGUCGGUGGGUGUGUGCCAGGGGUCAGCGGCUCCCCUCGGCCGCUGGGAGGGCGAGGGACGGGCGUUGGGGCGCCACGGGACGGCAGACGGGCCGUACGAAUGGCCGCCGUCGCCUCCCUGGGACGGGUAGCCGAGGAUGGUUGUUGACUGCCAUGUGAGGGAUCCUGCGCGGAGUGGUUGGGGUGAGAGGUGUCGCGUGCGUUCUUUAUCAUCGUGGAUUGUGGCGUUCGAUACGGUGAGGUCACGCCCACUCUUUGAACAUUUACGACCGAUUUCAGAAUUUAACAAACAUUCAGGUAUGUGCGUAGAGACUGGUGGCCUCAGUUCCCCGCGUCCAAAUGUUACGACAGCUUUGGCGAGGCCUCAGUCCCUAAUGCAUUCUGGUCGGGCCAGCCCUGCCCCGUGUGCUGUGCUGUUGAUGGGGCGAGGGCUCGCAACGUGCCACAUCCCAGUGGCGCAGUCUCAUCCACAUUAUCACACACAAUGUGAAAUAUACACUGGAUUUGUAA